UGUUGUGUUAUGUUUUAUUUGUUUUUAUCGAAUUAGAUUAUUUAGUGGUUAACAAAUUAAACAUUUUUUAUUUUAACAAAAAAUUGUAAUUAUGAGCACAAAAACAGAAGAUGACAAAAAUUUAACCCUUGAGCCAUUUCAUUGUGAAUUAAAUAUUCUCUCUCAAUCGGAUGGAUCAGCUAUGUUAUGUGAAGGAAAAACAUCAUUUAUUGUGUCUGUUAAUGGACCGGUCGAUGUAAAAUUACAAAAACUACAAAUUGAAAAAUCUACUGUUGAAAUAAUUUAUCGACCGAAAUUUGGUGUUCCAAGUGUGGAUGAUCGCUUUUUGGAAAUGUUUUUACGGAAUAUUUGCGAAGCUGCAUUGCAUUCAAAUUUAUAUCCACGAACAGCUAUUACUGUUGUAGUUCAAGAAAUGCACGAUAAUGGUGGUAAAUUAGCAUGUGCCACAAAUGCGUGUUGUUUAGCACUAAUCAAUUCUGGAUUGUCAAUGCGAUUUCUGGUGGCGGCUGUGACGUGCAUACUGGAUAAAAAACAACAAUUUUCAUUGAUUUCAUCAUCGCAUCAAUUACAACAACAAUUCUACGACGAAUAUCCAAUGGCAACAUUUACAUUUGUUUUUGAAAAUAUUAACUAUAAUAUUGUGGCCUCCCAUACUACGGGCACAUUCACAGACGAACAAUACACAGAGGCUGUUCAUCGUUGUAAAUUAGCUAGUGAGAAAAUAUUUGAAUUCUAUCGUAAUAUUGUUUGUAAAUAUGCGAAAAAGAUUGGUAAACGGAUGGAUGUACAAUAAAAUUAUAUAUAAUUUUUCUAAA